UGCUGCCUAUAAUGGUAGAGGAGACCUUGUAAGGAUGCAGUAUGACGCACUCGCAGACGUCCAUGCCCAAGAUGGAUACUUUGAGAGCGCACUUUCAGCUAACGCUGCUUCCCCGCUUGCAGACGAAAAAAGUGUAAAAAUACUGCUUAGCAUAUUCUCAGAUUUCGAUGCCCAGGAUGGAUACUAUGGGAACGCACUUCAAGCUGCUGACUCUCGUAGCAAAGAAGACCUAGUAAGGAUGCUGCUUAACGCAGGCGCAGACGUCAAUGCCCAAGGUGGAUACUUUGGGAGCGCACUCCAAGGUGUUGCUGUUUCUGUCCAUCCUGGCAAAGAAGAAAUAGCGAAGAUAUUGCUCGACGCAGGCGCAGAUGUCAAUGCCCACGGUGGAAAGUUUGGGAACGCACUUCGAGCUGCUAGAGAUACACUUGCUAGAACUGGCACUGCUAGCAGCAAAAUGAUAGUGGAGAUGCUGCUCGACGCAGGCGCAGGCGCAGACGACAACGACCAAGACGGAGAACAAGGCAGCAACUCAGAAUUGACGGACUGGCGUGAGACGUCACUCUAGUCAGCCGGGAAUUAGCCGCAUCUUUUGUUGCAGUGUAUCAGAGAGUAUCCUCGCUCACCAAGACUAAGGGCAUGCUGGAUAAGAAUUUCCUCUUUGUAUCAAAAAGCUUUGUUGAUUAAGGCUCUCAAUCAUCUCUGAACUGUAUUUCUCUUGGUGUUUUUUCUGGAGUUCGGUGUUAUGCACUUUCUUUCAUUGCUGCGCCGCUGAAGUGUUUGCUACACAAAGAAAGAGGCAAGUCAAGUAUGUGGGCAACUUGUUUGCAGGCUGGAGCUUGCGUCUUAAUCGGCCUUGCUGCGUAUAAAGUACCUAAAUUUCCCUCUUUAGAGUUACAGUAGCGUUAUCUAGCAAAUCCACAUCCAUCAUUUCCUCGUCCUC